UUUUUGGCAAAGGGUUUAACCUUUUUAGCUAUCUCUUCUAUUUACUCAACGAUUGUAUAAUAUUUUUCCUAAGAGCAAUUUCUAAUUCAAAACUGCAGUUUAAGUGAAGACAGAUCAAGAGCACAUGCAAACUUUAUUCUUGUAUUCUCUGUUGCUCAUUUAGAGGAUGGUUUAAAUUUUAUCUUUAUCGAUAGAUGGCAUAUAUCAUAGAAUGAAGCGCCAUCUAAACGAAGUUUAAUUUCUCCUGCCUAUGUCCUGGCAAAUAGAUAGGGCAAGUUUUUUCGACUUGUUAGUUUAAAUCUUUCAUUGUGUCCUCUAUUCAAGAAGAGGAAACUAUUUUCCAGCCGCUUUAAGUAUUUCUUUCAUAAUGAGAGCAACUUGAAAUGAUUGAAAAUCUCAGAGAAGAUAAAUGUAACAAAUUUCAACAUAUUUUUACAAUUGGAUUUUCAGCGUAUGUUUUAAUUAGCAAAAAUUUCGACAGAUUGCUUCCACAUUUUUGGAGGAUUUAAUAUGCCAAAGUAUAGAUGUAAACCUAAAAAAGUUGAAAUAACUGAUAGAUACGAAAAAACAGAAACAUAUCAUACUAAUAAAGUACAAUCCUUAACGUCUACAAGUACUACGUACGAUUGCGAGGAUUACGGAAAUAUUUCCGGUAUUUUAGAUACUACUUCUUGUUCGUCUGGAAAUGAAGAAACUUCUGCUUAUAGCGAUUUUAUCAACAUUAAAACUGAAUCCAUAGAGGAGGCUGUUAAAUAUGAAAUAUCUAAGCAACUGGAAAGUUACAGAAAUUUACAGUCCCCAAUGGCAGAUAUAAGUUUACCAGAUUUCUUAACUGGAUUUAAUAAGUCAUCUAAGAGAGGAAAAACUUCAAAACUUUAAAAAUAUAAUUGUAAAUAAAUGUUAUUUGACGCUGUCAAAUAUUUAUUGGCAAAAAUUGUAUAUUAUUCGAAUUAAACACUAUCUUAAAAGAUAGAUUCCGUCAUAUAUCUCACACUUUGGUGUUAUCACUAGCAAUAAUUUGAAAAGAUAAAUAUGAGAUGACAUAAUAUAUAAUAUUAUUAUAUAAGUUUCAACUUCCGAUU